UUAGUAUAUUUGUCGGCGCUUCACAUAUGCCGACGACGAGAGAGGCGCGGGGCGCGGGGCGCGGGCUAGCGGCCCGUUGCGCGUGCGCCGCGAUUCACCGGUCACUCAGCGAGCGACAGCCAACUAGGCGGACACUUUAUCGUCCUUGCGUGCAAUUUGAAUACGCGAAUAAAUUAUUAUAAUACAGUCCAAGUCUUAUUACACCGAAGUCCCGUUAGGGCUCCUUCAUUUUCUGGUCCUUCGAAGCGAAAAACCUGCAUACUUCCGUCGCAUUACAAAUGCAACGCAACGGUCAUUGACGUCGCGUGGUUUACAUUGACCGCGCCCAAGGACAAAGGACAAGAAGUCGUCUCCGUCAUCUACGUGGCAGCCUUUGUCGUCUGAAGAAGCUGAUGUCAGGGAGUAUAAUUCUGUAUUUGAGUGAGUCCAUCCAAUUACUUAUUUCCAACUUUCCCUAUUGAAAACUUCUUUUUGCUGAAAUUUUUAUUUUUUAAAUAUUUCUCCAUAAUUAAUCUUCUAGUUAUUCAAGUAAUAUAUUGCUUAAUUACUUCAUUGAUGCAUUAUUUAAUUAUUUCAUAACAAAAAGUACGCACGCACUUGACACGUGUUAACCUUGAAACCGGUCAAGUCUUAUCGCUUUGAAUAGAACCCGUUCGUCUACGCAAACAGGUGCUGCAUUUUUUAUAUCCAUUCAUUACGAUUCCUUUGUUUAAUUUUAUUUUUUAUGACUCUUUUUUUGUUUCACAUUGCAACAUAAAAACUUUAAGAUGUCUGAUAAUUUAAAAACCCUUAUUAAAAAACGUAGUUCAAUAAAGUCUAAAUUAACAAUAUUUAAUAAUUAUUUAAUGUUAAUAAAAAGCAGUCCCGAAUUAUCAGAGUUACAACGUCUUGACCUCAUGGAACGUUUUCGUAAAUUUGAAAAUUUAUAUAAUGAAUUUGAUGACCUGCAGAAUACGAUUGAACUACUUUCCGAGGAUGCCGAGUCUACGUUUACUGAGCGUGAGGACUUCGACCGUCAGUAUUUCAAUCUGGUGGCACUCACGCGCAGCCUGCUCGGUGCUUCGUCCAACGGUACUGGAUCUGAGGCGGGCUUCAAAGAUGCUGACUCAGGUGCACAUAUUUCCAAUUCAAGGAAUUUUAUUCGUUUGCCUAAAAUAGAUUUACCGCAUUUCGACGGGACCUAUCAAUGCUGGCUAGAAUUUCGCGAUACUUUUACAUCUUUAAUUCACAACAAUACUACCAUUAAUGAUAUCAAUAAAUUCCAUUACCUUCGAGCUUCACUCCAGGGUAAUGCAGCUUUAAUUAUUAAAAAUAUUGAUUUUAAAGGGGAUCGUUACAAUAUUGCAUGGGAUCUUUUAUGCGAACGAUACAAUAAUAAUCGCAUUCUCGUCAAUAACCACAUACAGGCCCUUUUUGAUGUCGAGUCAAUAACAAAUGAGUCUAGUGUUUCAAUUAGAAAUCUAGUUGAUACGAUCAAUAAAAAUGUUAGGGCAUUAACAACAUUAAAUCAGCCCACUCAAUAUUGGGAUACUUUACUCAUUUAUAUAAUGUCUAAAAAAUUAGAUUUAAAAACUAGUCGUGAUUGGGAAGAACAUAGAAACAAAACUUUAAAAGAUGAUCCCACUCUAGCACAAUUUUGUUCUUUUUUAAACAAAAAGGCAGAUUGGUUGGAAUCCGUCGAAUCAAAUAUUAAUCUUUCUCAAAAUAAUAUUAUUGUUGCUUUAAAUAAUAAUCAUUCAAAUAAAUUUGUUCCAGAUAAAACUACUCAAAUACCAAAAAAAUCUAAUAAUAAUUUUAAUAAAUGUCCGCUUUGCUCCCAAGCACAUGCUUUAUACAAAUGUGAUUCAUUUCGAAGUUUAUCUAUUGAAAGUCGCAUACAAAAGGCAAAUGAUUAUAAUGUUUGUCUUAAUUGCUUACGGUUAGGCCAUUCUGCUAAGCAAUGCAAACUAUCACAUUGCAAAUAUUGUAAAAUAAAACAUAAUACGCUUUUGCAUUUAAAUUCGAAUGACUUCAAAACUGUCAAUUCAUUGCUUUCUUCUUUGCACCUUGCUACGUCAAAUGUUGCACUUCCGGCCAAUUGCUUGCAGCUUGCUACUUCUGCGCAUGUAUUACUGUCCACAGCUCUGGUGAACGUGAUCGGCGCGUCGGGUAAAAAGUACACUGCACGUCUACUGCUGGACAACGGUAGCACGGCCAACUUUGUUACGCAGACAUUCUUCGAGAAACUGGGUUUGUUACGACGCGGUACUAGCACCAGGGUAACAGGCCAAAUCCAAAUGGUUUAGUUCCAGAGGGGAGGUGAAACCAGGGUCUUUAGUCCUAAUCAAGGACAAAACAACACCACCCCUGCUCUGGUCCCUGGGUCGGGUCACACAGACCUUUCCCGGCGUAGACGGAGUCACGCGGGUGGCAGAAAUCAAAACGAAGAGAGGAACAAUUCGUCGCGCUUUCAAGAACAUCUGCCCCCUUCCUGAUCAAGAUUGAAGAGCACUCUUCAACCCGGGGAGUAUGUCGGCGCUUCACAUAUGCCGACGACGAGAGAGGCGCGGGGCGCGGGGCGCGGGCUAGCGGCCCGUUGCGCGUGCGCCGCGAUUCACCGGUCACUCAGCGAGCGACAGCCAACUAGGCGGACACUUUAUCGUCCUUGCGUGCAAUUUGAAUACGCGAAUAAAUUAUUAUAAUACA